GUUGAAUCUUUAUUAAACAGGGGAACUCAAGUUCAAGAUUCACAGCUGGGAUAUUAUAAUUUUUGAUGGCUGAAUAAUCUCUUACUGCUACUACAACUACUACUACCAUCUAUAUCAUGUCACGGACACCACAUCGCUAUGGAACAGUGAGUCCUGCUGGGUCCAUGACCUCACUACCCUCAGGGUCUGGCAGAAGUACCCCCAGGGGGGUCAGCCCCAGCAGACUAGGGUCCCUCAGCCCAGCAGGGUCUUACAGCUCACUCCACCCCAGGGGGACCAGCCCAGUGCCCUUCCUGGGAGGAUCUAGAGGCAGUAGCCCGGGACCCACGGGACAUCAUGGAGGGCUGUCCAAUAUACAGGCUACUAUACAGCAUCUGGCAGAUGAACAAGAGAGGGUACAAAAGAAGACAUUCACUAACUGGAUUAACUCCUAUCUUUGUAAGAGGAGACCUCCCAUAAAAGUGAAAGAUUUAUUUGAGGAUUUCAAAGAUGGUACCUGUUUACUUUAUUUAUUGGAGGUGUUGUCUGGAGAGAAAAUGGCAAUUGAGAAAGGCAAGCAUUGCAAGCGUCUGCAUUUUCUCAGUAAUGUCACCACAGCUCUCAAGUACUUGGAGUCCAGAAAGAUUAAGCUAGUAAACAUAAACCCCACAGACAUAGUAGAUGGCAAGCCGUCCAUUGUAUUGGGUCUUAUGUGGACAAUCAUUCUUUAUUUCCAAAUUGAAGAAAAUGCCAAAUUACUGGAACAACUGGAGGCCAGUCUGGCAGACAUGGAUGGGGAGCCCCCAGAGAAAAAGAUGUCCGCCAAAGACAGGUUUAAAAUGGGUGCUAAGAAAGCUCUGCUGGUGUGGACUAAACACACUGUUGCCAAGAAAGUUGAAGUGGAAAUUAAAGAUUUUGGGCCCAGUUGGAGAGAUGGGCGGGCAUUUAGUGCCAUGGUUCAUUCUAUCCGCCCAGAAUUAAUUGACAUGAAUCUACUGCCCAACAAAUCAAAUAAGGAGAAUUUGGAGACAGCUUUCAAUGCUGCAGAAGAACAUCUUGGGAUCCCGAGGUUACUUGACCCCGAAGAUGUGGAUGUCUCAAAGCCUGAUGAGAAGUCCAUCAUGACAUAUGUUGCUCAGUUCCUCAGUAAAUAUCCAGACCCCAAAGCAAUAGGAGAAACUAAAGAACCCGAGCUACGUAAGCAUGUUGAGCAUGCCAGAAUGGUAGCAGAUGUUGAAAGUCCAGAAUUCCGUGAUUUAGCAGACUGGCUGGCCCAGACAGACGAUAGUUUGGAGAUUAUAAAUGAACCAAUCCAGGACUUUGAAGAUGAAUUCAAUCAAUUCCUAGAGUUCAGAAAGGACUAUGAUAGCAGACAUGCCAUGUACGUUCAGCUCUGUCAAGCUCAAAACAGUUUAUCAAUAUCUGAAGAGAAAUGGCAAUAUCUACACACGCUGUGGAGGCAAGUCCACUCCAAGUACAGGAAAUGGCAGAAGAAGCUGGACAGUCACCUCCCAGGGAAACUAGGGGACAUAGGCGGCUGGUUGAAUGACGCAGAGGAGAUCAUAGGGAGUGAUGAUGAAUUACCAGAACAGCAUGAAGAGAAGGUGAAGGUCUUACAGAAGAAACUGAAUGAACACAGGGCCUUCUUUGAGUGCCUAGGUGCAAACAGUCAGGCAUUUGGGGAAAUAAUGAAGUCAGGAUUUUGCAAUGGAAAGUUUAUAAAUCCUGAACAUCUAGCUAUGCUUGAUAACCGUCUUCAAAAGGUUGUAGCCAGUGUGCAGACGAGACACAACAGACUUGAGUAUGAGGAGAUCAAAUACAGAUUGUUAGUUUUUCUUGUGGCAGCUGAAGCGAAAUUAAAAGCAUGGACUGUUAAAAAUGGCCGUCAAGAGGAUGUGGAACGGAUGCUUCGGGAUUAUAAUGAAUUUGUCCAUGGUAGACAGCUAUUUCAGCAAUAUGAUAGAACUUACACAGAAGUUAAGAGAAUUUCAGAAGCUUAUAUGAAUGAUGAAACACAAGACAAAUCAGAGAUCCAGAAGAUCAACAAAUACCUAGAAGACGUCACAGCUAGAUGGAAAAAUUUGUCUGUAGAAAUCCGUAGUGUGGAAACUGCCCUGCAGGAGGUCAUCCAGUACUGGAAGCGCUAUUCCGCCUGUGUUGACUUGCUACAAGUAUGGCUGACAGAUGCUGAACAGAUGCUGUCAAGACCUCCUGAUGAAAAAAGGGAAUUCUUCAGAGACCUUGAUAAAUGGCAGGAGAAACAUAAUAUACUCAACGACGCCAGUAACUUCCUCAUCGAAAUGUGUCAACCAGAUAUAGCAUCAGAAAUUAAGCAGGAACUUCUGCUAAUGAACAGAAGAUGGAAAGACCUGUUUGAAGAAGUAAAACAAUACUUGCACUAUGAGGCUCUAGAGCAGACACGACAGGAUUUCACAGACGGAGCACAGAAAUACAGAGGUUGGAUACAGAUGUGUGAGGAUCUUCUGGGGACACGGCUCGAUUGCACACAUACUGGGAUAAGACAAUACUUACAGCAGCUUGAUACCAUGGUAUCCAAUAUGGAGCAGAUGGAGGUUGAGUUCAAGACACUGUCCAAGAUGGCACAGGCUCUGGUGAAGGACAGCACACAAGAAGAAAUCAAUUUCAUGCUGGGAACAAUGAAAGACUUCAAGGACAGAUUUGUUAUCAUCCGCAAGGAGAUGCCAGAGAGGUUACGGGUCCUGAAGCAGCUAUUGCCCAAUGUAGAAUCUCUGGAGACUGGAAUCUCUGACCUGAGCCAGUGGCUGAACAAUGGAGAACAGCUUCUGGCCCAGCACCACAUUCCUAACACUUGCCAGGCACUGGAGGAGAGGGCAGAGCAACACAAAACCUUCUUUGCGGAGAUUACCUACUACAAGUCCAUUUUGGAGAGUAAAAACAAAGUCUUUCAGAAGAUUUUAAAGAUGGAUGUGCCAUCUGUGAACUUCAGUAUCCUUGAAGCCACUGUGACCUCACUUAACCAAAGAUUCCAGGUUUGUGUUAGCCAGGCAAAAGACUGGGAGGGCCAACUCCAGUCCACACUCAGAAAAUGGCAGCUUUUCCAUCAGAAGAAGAAACCUUUAGAAGAAUGGAUACAGAAGGCCAAAGACAUUUUGGAAGAAGAACUUGAUGAUGAUUCUGAAGCUGAGAAUAUGAUUGAGAAACAUAAGGAAUUCUUUGACCACGUGGAUUCCCAGAUUCUCCAGGGAUUUUUAAGAGCUGGUCAAGACCUCUGCCAGCCAAUGUCUGACACAGGUCGCCUGGAAAUACAGAAAGUUAUGGCUGGACUGCAAGCCAAGUGGAAGAAUCUCCUGUACAGGUCUCCAAGGAAAUUAUGUAAGAUGGAGUUUACGGUGCCGGAAUUGAAAUUCUUGGAAAAUGUGAAUGCAGCUGAAACAAACUUGGAAAUUCUACAACAGCAGCUGUCAAGGAAAGAGAGUUUUACAUCUCUGCUGAAGAGAUUUAAUGAAAUCUUCAAUCAAAGUGGAUUCUUCCCCACGUGUCAGAAGUGUCUGCAGCAUAUGCUGAACAUCUCCCAGAGUUUACAGUCACACCAGGCAGACGACACCAGCCUCCAGGAGCGUUACCAGCAACAUGUGACAAGAUGGGAGGAACUGUGCGAAGCCUUGGAUCAGUUCCAUGAAUAUCUCAAGCAAAUGCCACAGAAGUGGAAACUGUACUGUGAAAAGUUUAAGACCUUCAGUAAUUGGAUUGAAGAGAUGUCAUCAACUGUGCAAGAACUGGAGACAGAACCUGCUUCUGCUGAGGAAUACAAAGAAUCACUUGCUAAAUUCCAUAAAAAUGUGCAAAAAAUUGAUGCCACCCAGGAAGAGGCCAAGUGGCUGAAGGAGACCCUUGAAGAGCUUCUGGCUGAAACAUCAGAUGAAGAAAGUCUCAAGCAACAAGGCCAACUGGAAACGGCCUUGAGGAAAUACAAUGCCUUAAUUCCCAGUAUAGAGACAAUAACUGUGAAGGCCCCUGUGGCUGUUCAAUGUUACCAAUACAGAGACAAUGUACAGAAACAGACAGAAUGGCUGAAAAAGACACAGGAAGCACUGAAAAAGGCAGAGACUGCUGACAGCAUAGAAGAAGUCAAGCAGCUUUUACAAGAACAACAGGCACUGCAAGAGAAACUUGCAGAAGAGAAGAAGAAGAUUGAAAGUGAAGUUGCCAUGGGGAAGCACCUAGAACAGCAAGCCCACACCCCUGACUUCCUGAAUGCCACCAUUACUGACCUGGAGAGCAGUUGGGGAGAGGCCACCGCUACUGCACAGAUUAGACAGCAAAAACUCAAGGAAAGCCUUGAACAGUGGGAGGCAUAUGAGGAAAGCAAGGGGAAACUUCAGAGUGUGCUUCAAGAAGCUGAGACCUUGCUUGACAAACCUACAGCCCCACCAGGACUGGAGAAUGUGCAGAAAGAACUGGCAAAGAAACAGGCAUUACUGAAAACACUAGAGGACAUGCACCCAGAUUUGUCUGAUACAUUGGACUUGAACAGUUCUCUGAGGAGUAACGCCAGCGAUAGCCGCAGACACAGCUUGGAGAUGGAAGUGGUGGAGAUUGAAGGCAGAGUGCAGACAGCUAAAGAUGCUCUUAGCUCCAGAGUUGAAGAAUUAAAGGCUGCAGAGAAACAGUGGCAGACGUACUAUGAAAAACUGAAUGGUUUCAGCAACUGGCUUAAUGCUAGUGAAGACAAACUGAGUCAGAUAGCAGAAGAGAAGAGUUCACCAGAGGAACAGUUCAAUAGAAUUAAGGCACUGCAAGAGAAACUUGCAGAAGAGAAGAAGAAGAUUGAAAGUGAAGUUGCCAUGGGGAAGCACCUAGAACAGCAGGCCCACACCCCUGACUUCCUGAAUGCCACCAUUACUGACCUGGAGAGCAGUUGGGGAGAGGCCACCGCUACUGCACAGAUUAGACAGCAAAAACUCAAGGAAAGCCUUGAACAGUGGGAGGCAUAUGAGGAAAGCAAGGGGAAACUUCAGAGUGUGCUUCAAGAAGCUGAGACCUUGCUUGACAAACCUACAGCCCCACCAGGACUGGAGAAUGUGCAGAAAGAACUGGCAAAGAAACAGGCAUUACUGAAAACAUUAGAGGACAUGCACCCAGAUUUGUCAGAUACAUUGGACUUGAACAGUUCUCUGAGGAGUAACGCCAGCGAUAGCCGCAGACACAGUUUGGAGAUGGAAGCGGUGGAGAUUGAAGGCAGAGUGCAGACAGCUAAAGAUGCUCUUAGCUCCAGAGUUGAAGAAUUAAAGGCUGCAGAGAAACAGUGGCAGACGUACUAUGAAAAACUGAAUGGUUUCAGCAACUGGCUUAAUGCUAGUGAAGACAAACUGAGUCAGAUAGCAGAAGAAAAGAGUUCACCAGAGGAACAGUUCAAUAGAAUUAAGGACAUCUGCUCUGAAGUAUAUGACAAUCAUGCAGAACUUGAAGCACUGGAAGACGGAGGGAGAGACUUGUCAAACAAUUUCAGAUCUCGCGAAACUGCAGCUUUAAAGACAAAACUUUCAAAUCUACGCAAAAAAUGGGAGAAUAUUUGUGCGCACGCCAAAGAACAAAGCACCGUGUUGUCUGACAAUGUAAAACACUGGCACAGGUAUCAAAAUAACUUACAGCAAUUACUCCCAUGGUUGGAUAAUGCAGAUAAACUGUUAUCAGCGCCUGUUGCGCAGACGUCCUCCAUGGAAGAAGCCAAAGAACAAUUACAAAAUCACCAAGCCUUUUUGAGAGAACAAGAAGAAAACCAUGCUCUUUAUGACAAUCUUCUUGAAGAAUCUAGUCGCCUGCUGGAUAACCCAGAGGUCUCUGCCCAGAUGCAGGAAAUUCAGAGUCGUUGGAACACGAUCCAAGUGCAGGCGGAGGAACGCGCCAACGUGCUUGAUCAGAUGUACACACAGUGGGAGUCCUAUCACCAAGAGGUGGGAGAAUAUGAAGAUGUCUUGGACCAGUAUGAGAAACUUCUGGCUGGAGAUGAAACGGUUCUCACCAGCAGCAUCAAUGUUCAGAAACUGGAAAUGGAGCUAGCUAAGCAUAAGGCUUUGCAAGAAGAGAUAAAAAGUCGACAGCCAGUCCUGGCUUCGGUUGACAAGCAAUUCCGCCAACUUCAACCCCACGUUUGCCCUGACGCUGUGGAGGCCCUAGAAAGCAAGCAGAAACAGGUUCAGCAGGACUCCCUCAGUCUCACAUCCACCAUUUCUCAGCGGGUGUCAGCCAUUGCCCAGACCCUCCAAGAAAGGAAAAACUUCUACAAUAAACUGGAGGCUUUUGAAAAAUGGCUGAAAAAGAUGCACAGACGUAUUGAGGAAACCAGUGAAAUCUACAGUGACGAUGUUGAUAAAGGCUACAGCAGAACACAGGCUGAACAAAUUGAGGCUGAGAGUAAACGAUCCACAUUCACUAAACUUUAUGCUGAGAUUACUGAACUUAGAAAACAUUGCCCUCCCGAGGAGGCAGAAGAUCUUGCAGAAAGACAAAAUACUGUCCGUGAAGAGCACAACAGUCUUCAUCGGGUGUUGGCGAACAGAGAGGAAAUAUUUCAAAAAUGGUCACGUUAUCAGACAAUGCAUCAUGAAAACCAAAUCAAACUUGAAGCAAUUCAGACAAGACUGAAGUCUGAGGAAUUGACCUCAAAUGACCUUGAGCAGCUGUCCCAUGACCUGGAAGAUGUGCAAACCAAGAUGGCGGAAUGGACCAAACAUGCGCACACACUAGACGAAUUGAUGCCUGAAGCAAGGGUCACAAUAUUAGACAAAGCAAAACAGACUCCCGUUCAUUUCUCCAUCGAGGUCCAAAGUAUAUUGGGAUUGUGUAAUGUGGUUGCUAAGGAAAUUCAGUUACGCCAGGAAAAUCUGAAUGAGAUUGAAUCUCUCUGGCAGAAAUUCUUAGCCGAGAAAAAGAAACUUGAGAAUACAAUAGAUGAUAUUAGUCAACAAAUAGAGGCAGCUGAAGUACAGGAGUCCACUUUGGAAGGGAUAAAGAGCUUGUCAAAAGAUAUAAUGACUGUGCAAAAGGAAAAAGAUGCUCUAGUGCCAAAUUAUGAGAGUCUCCAUGACAGAGGACAGCAGCUCCUGCGCCUUUCUCCAAGCAGAGUGCCAGAAAUUCAGCAGAAUUUGAAGUCCAUUGAGAACCGUUGGGAACAUUUCCAGGCUUUGGUUCUUGAAAGAGCUGAUGGUUGCUCGUCCUUAAUAGACCUUUGGCAGCAGUAUCUGGAUGCCCACCAGGGGGUGCUCAGGUUGCUCAGUGAGGUCAAGGCUGUUGCAGAAGCCACAACAGAUUGCAACAGCCAGGCAGCAGUCAGAGAAAUGCUCAACAAACUGAAAAAAGCAGAAUUUGAACUGGUCAGUAACCACACACAGCUGAAUUAUUUCAAUACCAAGGCCCAAAAGCUGAUCAGUGACCUCCAUGUUCUUAAGAAUUUCAACAAUUCACGGUUGAAAAAAGAAAUACAGGCUGAUAAUGAUGCUUGGCAGAAAACAUUACUGUUGCUAUCAGAGAACAAGCAGAACCUGGAGGCCCAGCUGGUCUACUGGGGCCAGAUCCUGACCCAGAAUGAGGAGGUCCUCACCUGGAUCCAGGGGGUGGUGGAUAGACUGGAAGACCACGCCCAUCACUUCAGGGACACUGUUGGGGCUCAAAAUGCCAUGGACAGCUAUAAGGGUGAAUUACCCUACUUUGAAGACCUGUUCGAAUCUGCCUGUAAGAAAACCAGUGACCUCCAACGUCUGAACAACGGAUGUGAGAUCGAGAGUCUUCAAAUGGCGCAGCAACAGAUUGACUCUCUGUUCAAAAAAGCUGAUGACCUGGCUGACCAGUUAGAAGGAAUUCUGACCGAGUUCCUCGACCUGACCGAGAGACUGACCGGAGAGGUGGAAGAAGAAGCCUCCAUGUUGAACAGUAUGAAGGAAUACUUGGCCAAGUAUGAUGAUGUGACAGGGACUGAUGAACAGCUGGUGGAGAGACUGGAUGAUUGCAGGACAAUCCAUGACCAGUUCCUUGCUAGUCAAGAAAAAGUAGCAGAACUGCAGGAAAAGCUUGCCACUUUGACUGCCAAAUAUCAGACUCCAGAGACUGCCAGUCUUGCCAAAGAUCUGGCCGCCUUGGCCAAGAAACACGAAAUGUCUCUUCAGAGAGCUGAGAAAGUUGAAGACAUCCUGGAGCGCACCCUAGAACAACAUGCUAACGAGGCGGAGCAAGAUCAUCAAAGAUGGCUGACGGCAGCGAAGGAGAAGAUGGCUUGGUGUGAGGAGCCAGCUGGGGACAGAUACAGUGUGGAAGCUAAAUUGUCAGCCAUUGAGGAUUUGUUGAGAGAAACUGGUGAAGGUGAAACCAAAACAGAUUUAGCAGAAUCCAAGAUGUCCCUCCUGGAGAGCACACUGACAGGAUCUAGACAGAGUGACUUACAGGGCAGGGGCUCCAUGGCCAGGGAUGACUUCAAAGACUUUGUAGAUAAUCUACACCAAACCAAAGAGAGGCUGGAGUCCACCUUACAACAAUGGGAUGAGUAUGAGGAGACAGAGGAGGCCGAGAUGCUGUGGUUGAAGAACACUGAGGCCAGAGUGAGGACUGAAGCAACUCUCAAACCUGACCUACAGGGCAAGAAGAAGCAACUAGAAUCAUUCCAGGCCUUGUUACAAGAUGUAGAGGCACACGAAGAUGCAAUGUCCACCUUGGGGUCCCAGGCAGGUGACCUGGCAGAAACCACAGGUGACAACAGGGUGACAGCCUCAGCCACUCAGAUGUCUGCCAAGUUCCAACAGCUAGUGGAACUAAUCAAGGACCAGGUAGAGACAUGUGAGACCAGUGUCCAGGACCAUGAGGACUUCCAGAAGAAGUACUCCCUCAGUGUGGGCUGGCUAGAGGCUGCCUCGAAGAGACUGCAGGAUGUGUCCGACACGGCUGGGGACAAGGAAGAGAUUCAGGCCAGGCUGGCAGAAGUCAAGGAGUUGGCCAACAGUAAAGAAGAAGGUGCAGAUAAGUUUAACUCGUGUCUGACGGCAGGGGACAAGCUUCACCCACACACAGCAGUUGAGGGGCGCGAGGCGAUCCGCCACGAGGUGCGAGCCCUACGAGAAAUGUGGGAGAAGUACUGUAACAAUCUGACACACGCACAGAAUUCUUUAGAGAUGCGCCUAAUGCAGUGGCAAUCUUACGAUGAAAGCCAUGACCACUUAAAAGAAUGGGUGGCUGAGAUGGAGCAGCAGGUCGGAGAGGAUGUGGAGCUGAAGUCCACGCUGCAAGAGAAGAAGGCCUUGGCUCAGCAUUACAAAGGUGUUUGUCAAGAAGUGAUGUCUCACCAGGGUCUGCUGGAGAAUGUGGGCGAGAGGGCUCAAGUGUUGGCCUCCCCCAGUGUCCACGGCAAGAUGGACAAGCUCAAGUCCAGAUACAGAAAUCUCUGCUUGACAGCCAAGGAGCAUGUAAUGAAGAGUGGUCAGUUUUCUGAGGAGCACCAGCAGUUCCAGGAGGCCUACCAACAGUGUCUGGAGUGGUUGCAGGUGACCCAAGAGAAGCUGAAGGUCUGCUCAGACACCACCGGGGACAGACAGACACUGGUCAACAGGCUGGACAGACAGAUGGAAAUCAUGUCAACUAAACACGAAGGCCAGACCAAGCUUAAUGUUGCCAGGAGCCUGGCGGAAAAAGUGAUUCCCCACACUGCCCCAGAGGGUCAAGCGGUCAUCCAGGCCGAACUCCAGACCUUGCAGGACACCUGGGAUCAGACCCACAGCAAGGCAGCAGAUAUUAAAGCCAACCUUCAAACUGCUAUUCAUUCCUGGGAAGACUAUGAGCAUGUCUUCAACAGCCUCAGUAAGUGGGUCAGAGAAACGGAGCUGAAGUUGAAGGAUAACGACCUCAAGGCCACUUUACCUGACAAGACGGUCUACCUUGAAAACUUGAAGGCUUUGAACAAAGAAGUUUCAGACAAGCAGACAUCAAUUGACAACUUGGGUCACAAAGCCCAGAAACUGGCCAGCAGUGACCCCAAAGUGUCUAGCGUGACCACACAGCUGACCACCAGAUACCAGGCACUCAAGAGCCAUGUUAAGGACUUGGUAGUGCAGUGGGAGGACCAUGUAAGAGAACACCAGCAGUACUCUGAGAAAUUCUCCUCCUGUACCCAGUGGAUGGGAGAGCUGAGACGGGAACUGGAGAAGUGUGCAGACUUCAGUGGGGACAAAGCAGCCAUUGAAGGACGCCUUGCUGCUGUUCAGGAGCUGAUGUUGGAAAAGGAUCAGAGUUCUAACAUCCUCCACCAGACUCUGGAGAGUGGAGAGAGGUUACAGCUCUCCACUGCCCCUGUUGGUAGGGAGGUGGUCAGGCAGGAACUAAGAACUCUGAGAGAUGGCUGGGACACAUUGAGUGACAAACUGUCAGAAACCCAGCAUCAGCUAGAAACCAGUCUUGGUCAGUGGUUCUCCUUCAUUGAGAAUUAUGAAGAUACUCAAAAAUGGCUGACUGAGACUGAAAAUAAAGUGAGGAAAGAGAAUGAGCUGAAGGCUACCCUCCAAGAGAAAAAGGUUCAAGUGCAAAAUCAAAAGAUCUUGCAACAGGACAUCGAAUCUCACCGCCGUCUGCUGGACAAUCUGGAAGACAAGGCUUACCGUCUCAGUCAGUCUGGACACCAGCUGACCCACCAGGUGCCAGAACUGAAAUCUCAGUACCAGAAACUGAUGCAGCAUUGCACUGAAAACCUUCACAAGUUUGAGCAACAUUUGAGGGACCACCAGGUGUAUAGUGACUCGUUCCAAGAGCUCCAGUCCUGGCUGAAUUCAAUGGAGGACAAGCUGGCAAGGUGCUCAGAUCUCAGUGGGGAUAAGCAUGCCAUCAGGAGUAAACUGGACAAGAUGGAGGACUUGAAUCGCCACAGAUCUGAAGGAGAGAUUAAGCUUGUAGAUACUCGCCAAUAUGCAGAAAAAACACUGACCAAUACCUCUUCUACUGGUAAAGAGAAGGUCCGAUGUGACCUGGAUACUUUGAGUGCUGACUGGGCCACAUAUACUUCUCAGUUAACACGAACUCAGGGAGAAUUAGAGAGUAUUGUGCUACAGUGGGAAGAACACGAGGAUGCACUCAAGGACAUCAUGCAUUGGUUAAAGGAGAAGGAGGGUCAGGUCAAACAACAGGAACUCAAAGCCACCCUGGUGGAAAAAGAGACCCAUUUGGAAGAACUGCAGGUUCUCAGUCGUGAUGUUGAUGGGUUUCAGUCAGAGAUUCAAGAAUUUGGUGACAACUGCCAGUCACUGAUGCAAGUCAGCAGUGAUGGCAGAAUACACACUAACAUUACUCAGGUUACCACCAGAUAUAACAAUCUGGGUUCUACUAUCAGAGGUCUUAUUGAGAAGUGGGAUCAUAUGGUAUCGGAUCACCAGGAUUACGAGGGAAAGCUAAUUGACUUUGUUGACUGGGUGAAUGCUGCUAAAGACAGAAUGAACAGCAAUGUGGAUACAUCUGGAGACAAAGGUGAACUGGAAGAGAGGAAGGCUGUACUUCAGGAAAUAACGGCUGAGAGAGAAGAAGGUCUCAUGAAGUUGAAUGCCCUCAGUGAGUCUGCAGACAAGCUGUACAAAGACACCGCUGCUGCAGGACGUGAGAAAAUACGACAGCAGGUUCGAGAUGCCAAAGAGGACUGGGACCAUCUCUUCACAGCCAUUAGUGAUGCUCAGCAUAAGUUUGAGACUGUCUUGAUGCAGUGGUCUUCCUUCAGCGAGAGUCGGCAGCAGAUACAGAAGUGGCUUGUUGAAGCCGAAAUGGCUGUUGCCAUGGAUACUGAAGUGAAGAACACACUGCAUGAAAAGAGAGGACAGCUGCAGCAUCAUAAGACUCUUCAGCAAGAUGUCAGUGCCCACCAGCGUGUGAUAGAGACAGUGGUUCAGAAGGCCCAUGUUGUGGUCCACAGCAGUGGUAACCCCGAGGUGGAGAGGUUCAUCACAGACACACAGGACAGGUACCAGUCCCUGGUCACCAGAGUCAAGACCCAGUUGCAGAAGGCACAGCAGACGGUAGAUGAUCACCAGCAGUUUGAGGAUGCUCACCAGGCAGCAUGUGACAGCUUGAGUCUGAUGAAGGACAGGCUUGCCAUGUGUGCAGACGUCAUUGGGGAUAAACACACGCUUCAGAGUAAACUGGACAGACUGCAGGACUUGACUGCCUCAAUGUCUGAGUGUGAAGCCAAACUUCAGGCCUGUAGGACCAGUGCUGACAAGACAAUGGCCAGUUCUGGCCACGCUGGACAACAGGAGGUUCAGCAACAGAUAGACGCUCUCAAGCUGGACUGGGAGAAACUGAUAAACAGCACUAUGGAUGCCAAGAUCCGCCUGGAGGAUGCUGUUCAAAUGUGGGUACGAUAUGAAGAACAGUAUGACCACCUCUCUCACUGGCUCAAGGAUAUGGAGAGAAAAUUGAAGGAGUUUGGUCCACAGUCCACACUGGAGGAAAAGAAGCAACAGCUGCAGAAAUAUCAAGUGUAUUAUCAGAAACGGCAGGAGGAUGACUCCAUGGUUUUAGAGGAUAUGGGAAGUGAAGGGGAACAUGUCCACCAACAGACUAUAAGAGCCCACCAGGCUGAGAUUGAUGAGUUUGCUGACCAUGCUCAAACUUUAGCGCAAACCACUUCUGAGACCAGAGUGACCACUCAAGUCUCUCAACUGACCUCCAGAUACCAGUCCUUACUGACCGCUGUGAAGGAGAUUGUGAAAAAAUGCGAACAGAACGUGUUGGACCACCAGGUGUUUAAUGAGAAGUGCGAGGAGUACCGAACAUGGCUGAAGGCUGCCAAGAACAAACUGGAGCUGUGCUCUGAUGUCUCUGGGACCAGGAAACAGAUAGAAGAAAAGGAAGCCAAUAUCCAGGAGCUUCAAGUGGAAAAAGAAACUGGCUUCAGCAAAUUAAACCAUGCCAUCGAAGCAGGAGAGAAGCUUUACCCAAACACUGCUACUGACGGGAAAGAAUCCAUCCGCCAUGACAUUCGUAACAUGAAGUCUGGAUUUGAGAAACUUUUCGACGAGGUAGUGACCACACAGAGAAGACUUGAUGGUAGCCGAGUCCAGUGGUCAUCAUUUGAUGAUAGUGUGACCACUCUGAAGCUGUGGGUACAAGAUAUGGAGAAUAAGGUGAAGGCAGAACUGGUGCUCAAGUCUACACUGGAAGAAAAGAAAUCCCAACUUAUUUCGUACAAGAGCUUGCAGCAGGACAUCCAGGCGUACCAACGUGUGGUGGACAGUGUCCGAGAUAAGGCCCAGUCUCUUAGUGACAGCACCAGUGAUCCUCAUAUUACACAGCACAUGGCACAGCUUACCGCAAGAUACCAAGAGCUAUGUGUGGCAGCCAAGGAACUUGUCCACAAGUAUGAGACGAUAGUUUCUGAUCACCAGCAGUACUAUGACUCGUCCUCCAGUUGUCUGGACUGGCUGGAGGCUAUGAAAGAGAGGCUGGCUCUGUGUGAUGAUGUCACAGGGGACAAACAUGCCGUACAGAGUCGACUGGAUAGACUACAGCGGCGUUUUGACAUCUUGGUGCUAAAGAUGGAGGGAGACCCCAAACUGGCUGGAGUCCAGUCUGAUGCUGAGAGGGUCAUCCCAUUCACUGUCACCCAUGGUCAAGAAGCUAUAAAGAGAGACACAGAGGAGCUGAAGACUGACUAUGACAACUUUGUAACCAAACUAGAGCAGACAAAGACAGACCUUGAGGACUGCUUGCGCCAUUGGCAGACAUUUGAGGACAAGUAUGACACCUGCUCUAACUGGGUCAAGGAGAUGGAGAUGAAAUUGAAGACAGUAGAACUGGUGGGAACACAGAGAGAAAAGUCGGCUCAACUGGAGAAACUGAAGGGCUGGCAGGAAGAGGUGUCCCUGUACCAGUUACAGAUAGACAACUGCUGUGACUGUGCCAGUACACUGAGCAGGCUGAGCACAGACUCCAGGGUCAGCACUCAGGCCUCCCAACUCAACCACAAGUAUCAGGCUCUCAUUAUCACUGUCAGGGAGACUGUACGUCGCUGGGAGCAGUUUGUCAUUGACUGCCAGCAGUAUCAAGAUGCCAGAGAGAACUGCCUGAAGUGGCAGGCUGUUAUCAGAGAGAAGCUGGCCAAGUGUAGUAUUGGUGCUGGGGACAAGAAAGCCAUUCAGGAGAGACUGGAACAAUUGAAGGAGUUGGCAAGCAACAGGGACCAAGGUUUCCGAAAAAUUCAAGCUGUGACCGAUGCUCUACAGCUUGUCUUGCCAAACACGUCACCUAUAGGACGGGACAACUUGCGUAGAGAGCAACAGUCACUGCAGGAAGACUGGGACAGUUUGGGAGCUAGCGUGAAUGAUGCCAAGACCAAACUGGAGAGCUGUAUGACACAGUGGUCAGUGUAUGAUGACAGCACUGGUCAGUUACUCAAGUGGCUGACUGAAAUGGAGACUUCUUUGAAGACUGAAUCUGACCCAUGCAGCACUUUACCAGAGAAGAGGGCACAGUUAGAGAGAUUAAAGGCAGUACAGUUGACCAUCAACAGUCAAAACAGUGCCAUUGACAGCCUCAACUCCAAAGCCCAAGCACUGAGAGAGGAUGCCAGUGAUGAUCAGCUGACAUCCAAAGUCACAGAGAUUGUCUCCAGAUAUGAGGCAUUAGCAACCAGUGCAAAGGAGCAAGUAAAGAAAUGUGAGAGAUCAGUUCUCGACCAUCAGAACUAUAAAGAUGCACACACAGAAGCUGUGAACUGGUUGAACCACAUCAAGGACAAGCUAGCCGUCUGCAGCGGGGUUCACACGGACAGAACAGGGGUAGAAUCCAGUGCACACAAACUACAAGAGAUUAUGGACUCAAGGGAAGCUGGCGCAGAGAAAGUCCACAUUGCUUCCCAGAAAGCUGAGACUGCGUCUGCCACCACAUCUUCUAAAGGGCAGCAGAUUAUCCAGAAAGAGCUCACUGCACUGCAGGAGGAUGUGGAGGCCACUUUCUCUUCUGCGCAGGAACUACAGUUAAAUCUAGAGGAGCUGUGUAUUAGGUGGAGUGACUACAUAGACCAGUAUGAGCAACUUAAUGAGUGGGUGAAGGAGCAAGAUAUCAAACUGAAGGCAGAUACUGACUUUAAGGCUAAUUUAGAGGAGAAAACGAUACAGUUAGAAAAACAAAAGUCAAAAUAUGAGGACAUAGUGAAACAUCAGCCUGUCUUUGAUGCCCUGAGUGAGAAGGCACAGAGUAUAAUGCAGUCAACUACAGAUACCAGGAUCAGCACUCAACUCAUGCAACUUAAUUCUAGAUAUGCCACACUCACAGCACUGUCAAAGGAUAUGAUAAAGAAGUAUGAGCAGCAGGUUCAGGUACAUGUUCAGUACCAGCAGUGCCGUGCUGAGUUCACCACCUGGCUGGAAUCUGUGGCCGAGAACCUGGACACGUGUGCUGACACUUCUGGAGACAAGGACACCAUUCAGUCACAGAUUGAUAAACUACAGGAGUUUGCAGUUGUGAAAGAAGAAGGCCACUCACUGCUCCACACAGCCAACACCUGGGGGGACAAGGUACUGACCACAACCUCUGUGGAUGGAAGAGAAAAUAUCCGGCGAGAGCUAGGGGCUCUACAGAGAGACUGGGAUGCUUUUGUGGCCCGCAUCAGUGACACAAAAGUGACACUGGAGUCUUGUCUCCUUCAGUGGAGUGACUAUGACGACAGCUUGGGACAGAUAGAAAAAUGGCUGUCAGAUAAUGAGGUCAAGGUCAAGGAUGUGGCCCUGAACUCUGACAUUGGUGAAAAGAAGACACACCUUCAAAAGAUAAAGAAUUUGACCCAGGACAUUAUAGCUUAUGAGCAGAUGGUGGACUCUGUGAGUUCCAAGGCACAGGAGCUGGGGCAAAAGAGUCCCCGCAGCAAGGUGACGUCCCGGGCAACACAGAUCAUGACCAGAUAUGAAGCCCUUGUUGACACAGCAAAGAAUGCAGUGAAGAGAGCUCAGGAGGUGGUGGAUGACCACCAGACCUAUCACGAGGCUUGUUCUGCAUUUGCAUCAUGGUUACGGACUGCUCAAGAGAGGUUGUCUGCAUGUUCUGAUGCAUAUGGGGAGAAAUCUCUGGUCAUGAUGAAGAAAGAUAAGAUAAAGGAACUGGAGAAGAGUAUAGCAGAUGGCAACGACAAACUUUCCAAAGUGUCAUCUGCUGCCGAUGCAGUCCUGCACAACACGUCGUCUGCUGGACAAAACCGCAUCCAGCAAGAUCUGGCCACCAUGACACAAGAAUUGGAAGACUACCGUUCAGAAGUGACCAAGGCCCAGUCUGGUCUGGAGACCUGUUUGGACAGAUGGGGCACUUACGAGGAGGCCCAACAGAAGUUCUUAGACUGGCUGAAAGACAUGGAUGUUCAUUUGAGAAAAGAACUGGAGCUGAAGGCUACCGUACAGGACAAGAAGGCACAACUCGAUGAAUACCAGUCUCAGCACCAGGACCUGGUCUCCCACCAGCUGCACUUGGACGGUGUCAGCCAGAAGGCACAGGCUCUGCUGGAGACCAACCCAGAUGCCAAGAUCUCUCAUGGUAUUACUCAGCUCACCACAAGGUAUCAAACAGUGCUGGCAGCAUCCAUGGAGGUUAUCAGAAAACUAGAGUCAAACUUCACCGAUCAUGAGCAGUAUAGAAAUGCUUACCAAGAUUGUGAAGACUGGAUUUCUCUCACUAGAGGUCGCCUGGAGGCCACUCAAGACACCACAGGGUCAAGGCAUGAUAUUGAAGAAAAGUUGCAUAAUUGCAGAGAUCUGCAAGCAUCCUUAGAUCAGGGCCAGAGCAUGCUGAGAAGUGUUAUUGAUCUAGCAGAGAAAACCAAGCCUAACUCUAAUGCACAAGGGUGCCAAACCAUAAGGGAAGAUCUGGAAACUUUGAAACAUAAUUAUGAAGGGUUGAAAACAGAAGUUAUUCAGGGUAAAGGUAAACUUGAAAAACUAGUGGCCAAUUGGAUAGACAUGCAGAAAGUCCAUGAGCAACUCCUGAUGUGGCUUAAAGACACAGAGGUGAAAGUGAAGGCUGACACUGGCUUCAGAAAUGAUCUUCCAGAAAAAAGGACAUAUCUGGAAAAAUGCAAAAUAAUUCUGCAGGAUGUCAAAGCACACCAGUCCACAGUUGACCAACUAAAGGACAAACUGACCCACAUCCAGGACCCAAAGACCAGUGGUCAGAUAACACAGACUUGCAAUAAAUAUGAUGCUGUGCUGUCUGCCUCCAAGGAGCUUGUUACCAGUCUGGAGACCCAGGUGUCUGACCAUCAAGCCUACAGGGAGAGGUACCAUGACACCCUCACCUGGCUGGCCAUGAUGAAACAGAAGCUGAAUAAGCUGCAUACCUGCUCUGGAAAUAAGGAAGAUGUUGAGAAGAGAUUGGAGAAAUUACAAGACUUCAGAGAAGAAGCCCAGGAUGGUGCCAGCAAGGUGAACACGGUAGUAGAACUAAACGACAAAGUGGUCCUGUGUAGUGCCACUAAAGGCCGUGAAUACCUGCAACAUGAGGCAAAACAACUCAAACAGGAUUGGGAAACCUUCAUGGCCAAGGUUGAUGAGGUGGAAGGAGUAUUGGAAGAAUGCAUAUUGUGCUGGAUUGAGUAUGAAAACGCUUACAAAAUGAUGGAGGAAUGGCUCGUUGAAACUGAGGCCAAGGUCAAGGCCAAGCAAGAGACUAAGAUUAUGAACUUGGAAGAGAAACAAAUUCUUGUAAAGGAGAUGCAGGUACUACAAGAACAAAUUGCUGACCAUAAACCAAUACUGGACAAAGUCAAUGACCGUGCAGAAGAAGUGAUAAAAUCCAGUACAGAUCCAGGCGUUUCCAUGGCAAUGGUUCAACUGGCAUCAAGAUACCAGACUCUGGCUUCCAUUGUUAAGGACCGAAUAACUGAUUCUCUGGAGAAAAUGAACCAGCAGACAAGAGACCACAAAGCAUUCAAGCGAAGUUAUGAUGACUGUUUCCAUUGGAUAGAAGUGACCAAUCAGAAACUGGCUUCUUGUAAUGAUACAAGUGGUGACUGGCAUGACAUAGAGAAUAAAAUCAGUAACAUCAAGGAGAUCACCAGUAGUUUGGAUGGAGGUCUGCAGAAGUUGAACCAUGCCUGUGAGAUGUGUGAUAGAGUCACACACCGGUCAACACCAGAGGGGAAGAAAAAACUGGAGGCACAGGUGGGCCUGUUGAAGGAACAGUGGGACAAACUAAACAAGAGCAUUAACCAGUGCUGUAGUAAGCUAGAGAAGUGUCUAAUCAAGUGGAACGAGUACGAGCAGUGCUAUGGGGUGUUGGUGCACUGGAUAGCUGAACUAGAAGAUGGCCUCAUGCUUGAGCCAGAACCAAAAGCUGAUCUCAGCGAAAAGAAAGCUCAGCUGGAGAAAUAUAAGAGCAUUAAGGCAGACAUAGAACGCCAUGAUCAAGACAUUGGAGACCUAGCCAAUUUGGUCUCAGAACUGGAAGCUAUGAGUGGAAAUCGUGAAAUUGUGCGGUCCCUGGAGAAGAUCCAGGCUCGCUAUGACCACCUGCGAGACAAGGCAGAGGGAGUUGUGGAGCACCUAGAGAAAGCCGAAAAUGAGCACACCACCUACCAGCUGACCCUGCAGGAGUGUGAGCGCUGGAUUCUGCAGACGUCCUUCCGCCUGAUGUCCCACAACACUCUGAACACCAGUACUAUGGAGCUGACACAACAGCAGAUUGAUAAGCACAAGACGUUGAUUGAAGAGAUCUAUGCCUAUCAGUCCACUGUUGACAGAGUGACAGAGCAAGGAAGACAACUAAUGGAGAAAAGCAAGAGUCAACCCCACCUGGUGUCACAGAUAGAGCAUCAGUUAUCGAAUCUCGAAGACAGUUAUCUGUCUCUACAAGCAACGGCUCUACAAAUUAAGGAGCGUUUGGGCGACCUGUUACAAAGAUGGCAGCAGUAUAAGCAGCUGUUGGUGGACUGUGAGAACUACCUUAAGUACGACCACGUCACCUGGCUGGAAGACAAGUCGCAGCUCUGUGCUGACAACUAUCAGGAUGCCUUUGAUAAACUGAAGAAUGCUAGGAAAAUCUAUGACCAGUUGACCACCUACCAGAGGACCAUUGCCUCAGAAGCACACAAGUGUGAGAAUGUGGGCAGUAUGGAGAGUCUUGACCAACUGGACUCUGUCCUGGACUCUGAGGUCACUCAGCUAGCAGAAAAGGUCAAUGAUGACAUUGGAAACGGCCUAGAAAAGACUAAAGAUCGCAUUCAGGAAAUUAAUGCAAUGAUCAGAAACUGGGAAGAAUUGGAGAAGGAGAAGUCAGACUUAGCAGACUGGAUAUAUCACAAGCAUGAAGAUGUCAUAGCCAUGAUGGACAGACAUGCCAAACUACAUGUUGAUGCUGCAGAGAUUGAGAUAAAGCAUGCCAAGGAACUGGAGAAAGAGAUCCUUCAGAGUGAAAAGCAGCUUGAAGGCCUCUGGCAGCGCUAUUUUGACCUGACUGCGGACAGCGAAGCUGACACGGACCCUGCAUACCUGAAACUACGCCACAAUUGGCAAAAUAUGAGGGACGAGAUUGAGCACUUCUUGGUCAAUAGGGAAGAUUUCUUGGACACUUGUCGAGACUAUCACAGCCGCCAUAGCACCUUAGAUGCCACCCUGGAACAGUACGCCCGCGAACUUGAGCGUAUCGAACAAGAUGGCAAUGCAACCAUUAGUGAGAGGGCUGAGUGGUUAAAGAAACUUGUAUCAGACUUGGACAGUAAAGAGGAAGAUGUGGCAGCAUUUAGACAACUUGGUGGAAGAAUUGCACCUAGAGUCAGUCCCCAUGACAGAAACCUGGUGGACUAUCAAGUCAGAGAUAUAGAAGGUCGCUACAAUGAUUUACGCCAGCGUUCCAAACAUCAGAAGCAGGCGUGUGAGGUGGUGAUCAUCAGCAGAGAGACGUUGUUGAAGGACUUGGAUGGUUACGUGGCAUGGCUGAAGGAGAGAAAGAAGAUGGUGGGAAGUCAGCUAUCUCUGGGACAUGGGGUCCAAAAUGUACAGCAGCAGUUGCACGAGCAUAAUAUCAUCUGCAAAGAAAUAGAGAGCAAACACACCGUGCUGGAGUCUGUUAGCAGACAAAGAGAGACACUGUUGUCUGAGCUCAGCCACCCAGAGAGGGAAUCGGUUGACAAACAGAUUCAGUCUGUUCAGAAAGAGCAUAGCCAGCUUCACAACAAUGCCCUCACAAAACAGAAGCUUCUCUCUAGGAGUCUGGAGCUCCGAGAGGAGUUCUACCAGAGCUACGAGAAAAUAACAAUCUGGGUUGUGGAAAAGGAGAGGAUUGUUGGGAAAAUUGACACCAUAAGGCUGUAUGCUGUGGAAGUGGAGAGGCAGCAUGAAAAAUACAAGACUUUGCUGACAGAGGUUACUUCCAUGGAGGGUACACUAGAGGAAGUGGUGACCCAGGGAAGAAAUCUCCAGACUGACUGUGAUGAGCAGGGGACUUCUGAGCUGGAGACAAUGUUGAAGGAACUACUUGAAAGAUAUCAAAUGAUGAAAACACGCCUGUCUGAGCAUGUCACCACUUUGAGGGAGAGCCUGACCAUCAGGAGGAAAUACGAGUCCAACAUUCAGAGACUGGAACUAUGGCUUAAGGAAGUAGAGCUUACCAUCACUACUGAGAUCAGACUGGACUGUACAAUAGAGCUGAUAGAGGAACAGCUCAAGAAAUAUCAGAGUUUGUUGCAGAAGAUAGCUGAAUAUGAAGUUCUCAGUGAUGAAGUGACCUCUCAAGGUCAGAGUUUCCUGGGGUCACUCAGCGAGGCGGACAAGCUGACUCUACAAGCACAGAUUAAAACACUCAGGGAUAGACAUCAGAGGAUAUCCAGCCUAGCCAAACAGCGUGUGAAGACACUAGAGGACACUGUAUAUGCCAGGGGUCAGCUGGACGAUGAGAUCUCCCAGUGUGCCAGGAUCCUGAACUCACUGCAGGAAGAUGUCCGCAGGCUGAAUAAACCACUGGCCAUUAAAGCGGUAGAGGUCCAGAAGAUGCUGGCCCAGUGUGAGAAAUUGCAGACCCAGUUGAAUGAUUACCAGCCAACCAUCAUUGCUCUCAACCAAUCAAAAGACAGUAUGGCAGCCAAAGGUCAAACCACGGAAGCCUCGGAACUGUCUCGCUUGACGAUGACCUUUGACCAGGUCAUGAUGCAGGUGGAACAGUCCUACGCCAGGCUGGAAAAUGCUGUCACGAUCAGGCAGCAUUAUGAGAGUCUGAAGACAGAGUUUGAAACUUGUUUGAAGGAGAGCCAAGAACAACUUGAUGCAGUCAGUGAGCUCGGCAUACCAACUCCAACUAAAUUUGACAGAUACAAAGCUGUCCACACCAUCCUAGAGGAGCAAGAACUCCAGCUGGCCACCAUAAUGGACAAAGGGCAGCAGAUAGCCAUAGAGUGCAACACCACUGACCAGAGGACAGUGGCAGACCAAAACCAAAGCCUCAAGCAGAAAUUUGAUAAAUUGCUCCGUGCAGUUGAGAAGAAAACGGAGGAAUUGGACAAAAUCAUGUCAGACAGGAGAGACUUUGAGACUGAAAUGGAUAAGACUUUAGAGUGGUUGCAGUCGAAGAACAGAGAGAUUGUGGUCCAGGUACCUCUCAGUAUGGAAGCUGAUGAGGUGGAGGUUGAGAUUAAGAAACACAAGGUUGUUGCUGAUGAAAUAAACAGCCAUUUAAGAGAAGUACAAACCAAGAUAGCUCAGCAGAGAGCUCACUUUGAAGAGCUUGAUGAAAUUAUGCCUAUUGAGAUGACAGACAGAUUAGAGCAAUACGAAAAUGACAGAGCAGCUUUGCAGUCCAAAUUAUAUGGUAAAUCCGAUUACUUGAAUGCUGCAAAGAAUAACCGCCUCAGAUUUGAUGACAAGCAGACGACACUGACCAUCUGGCUUCAGGAUGCUGAGAAACUGCUUGUCCCUGUGUAUGAUGGGAUAGAUUAUGAGAGCAUCACCUUCCAGCUACAGCAACACAGGGAAUAUUAUGCUGAUGGACAUACGCGAACUGAUGAAAUGUCCAGAAUCCAAGACACAGCAGAGCGUCUUUUCCCAACACUUGAUCCCAAUGACAAAGAGACUCUGCAGCAGUCAGUAGAAGCUCUCAACCAGAAACUCAAUGAUGUAUUGAAAGCUGCCGCGAAACGCCAGAAACAGUUAGAAGAUGAGCUCAAAAACUGGAAUGAGUUCCAGGGUCAACUCGAAGACGCUAGCCAAACAGUGAAAGAAUUGGAACUGAAAUGGGAAAAUGUUGACACCACUGCUGCUGCCACUUCUGAACAAGCUGCUAAACAGUUGGUCCAGAUUGAGAAUUUCACUGAGGCUGUCCAGAAGCGUGCUGCAGUAGUGGACCAGAUGAACCAGAAGGCCAGAGAAUUGACCCGCUCUGGAAACCAGAACAGCCAGACGGUCAUUACCAGGAUGAUAGCUGGUAUUAAUGAAAGGUGGAGAACCGUCAGCAGUCAGGCAGAUGAGAGACAGAUUGUACUCAGGGAGUAUGUAACAGAGUGGCACCUUUUCUAUCAAAUCUAUGAGAGAUUUGAACACUUCCUAAUCACCAUUGAGGAGAGGAUGCCCAAGGAAGAUGCCAUUAAGCUCACCACAGCUCAGCUCCAGGUCCAGAUGUCUGACUGCCAGACCAUUAAAACUGAGCUAGAAAAGCAGCACUCGGAGAUAGGCAAAAUGCAGAAGGCAGCCCAGGCAAUACUGAGUAAACUGCCUAGCAGUGAUGCCAGAAUUGCAGUGCAGAGGAAGAUGGUGGCUGCACAGGACAGAUAUGACAAACUUCACAAAGAAGCUACUGACAUCCAGCAGACGGCCCUUGGUGAAGUCCAGACUAGAGAUACAUUCCUUCAGGAGCUUCAUUUAACUCUUCAGUGGUUGCAAGAGGCCCAAACAAGAUCUCAGUCUCUGACUCAGGGAGAUUUACAUACUAGAACUGAGAAAUAUAAGGCCUUGCAAAGAGAAGUUAUCUUGAAAACCGAGCAUCUCAAGACCCUUGUGCACAAACAACGUGAGAAGUACCGCGCCCUGUCACGUGACCUGCCCCCAGAGCUGAUCACAGAGAUAGAGGUGUACAAACAGGCUGAGGAAGCCACAGUGAAACAGCUGAAGGAGAGUGAGAAGCAGUUGGAUCAUGCCAAACAAAGCAAGAUUGAAUACCAUGACAUGGUCAAGACGGUCAAUACCUGGCUGACCAAUGCGGAGGAAAAAGUUCAAGACAAAGAUGGAGACUUGGAAGAAACAAAUCAGAAGCAUCAGCAACUUUGUGUGGAAUUAGAGCUUUUCAAGACUCAACCAGAACAAUUAGAAUCCAAAGCCAGUGAGGUUAUAAAUCUCACAGAUGAUCCCAAAGAAAGAAGUUCCAUAACAAAAACUGUUAAUUCUGUCAAUGAUCGCUGGGCAAGACUCCUACAGAAAGCAGCAGAGAGAACAGAACACUUACAGGAAGCCUUAGAUUUGUGGGAUAGUUUCGAGUCCAGCCAUAUUGUUGUUAGUAGUCAGCUGACUAGGACCGAGACAGUGGUCUGUACCGAGUUGGCUUGGGCUAGUCUUGAGCGUGUGAAACAGCAGCUACAAGAGCAUAGGGCUUUACUUGAAAAUGCCCCAGAAAUUGACUCUAAAUUGGAAGCCAUGAGCUGUACGGUAAGGCAGCUUUCGGACAUUUGCAAUGCCAGGUCAGUGUCCAACAAGCUGUCGGACCUCCAGGAUCAGUGGUUCACCGUGAAGACUCAGGUCAGUGAGAGGACUGCCAUCUUGGAAGAGACUGUUGGGGAAUGGGAGCAAUAUGAGAAGGAAAUGGCGGACAUUGGGAAGUGGAUGGAAGAAACCAAACACAGCAUGCAUUUGAAAGACACCACUCUGUCCUUGAAGGAGCAGCUUGCAGCACAGGAGCGACUGUUGUCAGACAUUAAAAAACAUGGCAGCAAAGCCAACACUAUUCUAGCACGCCAUGAGGAGCUCCGCUGUAUGGCUGGUGACUUCUCCCCCACACGUGGCGCACAGCUCAGCACAGAGAUAGCCAGACUGCAGAAUGAAGCCAAGGAUCAAUAUGAGAAGCUGGUAUCAGCCAUUGCUCAGCAAGAAAAAUAUGAGGCAGAAAUUAGCCGCCUGACGCUGCUGAUUACAGAGGCGCAGCAGAAGUUGACAACAUCACCAGUGGUGGCAUCUAGUGUUGAGGGACUUAAGAAACAGAUUGCUGAACAUAAUACUGCAUUCUCUAGGUUAAAGACCCUGACAGCCCAGAUCAAGACCUACCAGGAGAAAAUCAGAGAAAUCAAUGAGCAGAGUCUGCAGCUACAGGAGAGAACUCAGCAGAUGAGUCCAACUAUUCGCAAAAAGUUCAACUGGGGCUCAGAAAGGAGUCUGGCUAGCGAUGAGACGGGAUUGAUGUCCUCGUUGAGCUCAGAGUCCAUAGCAACCAGAAAGACAUCCCAGGGGCAGCCGCCAGGAGACUGGAAGGAGCAUAGGACUGAUAGUGGUAUAAUGAUGACCCCUGAAGGCUCCAUAAGCUCAAAGGAGACCCAGCGCCGAGGAGCCGAUUCACUAAGACCUGGUGAUGCUGGUGGGACGGCUUUGAGAGAAAUGGUUGAAAGUGCCAUGCACGGGAGGUCUAAUACCCCAAGUGGAGGCUGGAGUGCCAGUUCUGCUGAAACAGUCCUAGAAAGACGAGCCCCAGACAGGGAAAGCAGUGGGAAAGGCAAGUCUCAAGAAAUGGAACCACCUGAAAAGAUUCCCAAGAUCCGUGAAGUUGAUGAGGAUGUGCCGGAUGCUGCGAAACCUGGCAAAAAAUCUGAUCGACAGAAAUCCAAACUAGUGACUGAUAAUUCGGAUCAAAUGAGCAUCAAGUCCGAUGAUACUGAUAAUCUUCUGGAGGAGUACUCAAAUGCUAUGGCUGCAAGAGAUAUGACAGAUGGUACAGUCAAGGACCCUGAAGCAGGUGAAGAACCAGAACCAUCGGACUCUCUAAGGAAAAUGGUGGAAAGUGCCAUGAGGGACAGAAAGAGUCCAGUACAAGAACAGUUGGUGACAGAAAUCGAAGGAGCUAGAGCCAUGGAGGUGGAAGAAGCUGAGAUUUUUCCUCAGAAGAAGCCCCAACGUGCUCAGGUUGAUACUGAAAUCAGGGAAAGUCCUAACAAAGAAAAUUUAGAACAACUCUUGUCACCAGAGAGGGUCCUUACUGUGCCAGAGGACACUGAAUCAUUGUCAGACCAGGCUUCUGUGAGUAGUGACCUUAUGGCCACUCUGGGCAGUCCAGUCAAGCCAGCUGACCUGACAGUGUCCACUCUGGGAGAGACCACCAUGGGGGAUGUGUCUAUGAGUGCUAGUGGUCCAGGCUCUCCAAACAAAAUGGCUCAACUGGCAGAACUGAAUUCAUCCUGGAACACUCUCCAGGUUCAGCUUGGUGUCAAGGAGCAGCAACUGCAAGAAGCCCUCCAUAAACAAGAGCAGUAUCAAGAGGCCCUUCAGGAUGUCACCAGCAACAUUGAGCAGGUCAGGCUACAGGUAGAUGCCCUGUCACCUGAGACUACAGAGGACCUGGAGAGUAUGGUGACACAAUGUCAGGUGAGGUCUGGGCAGAGAGCACUGAAGGGGCAGGGCGUGGUGGGGGUGGGGUAUAUUUAG